AUGGUAUCUUUAAGACUAGAUAACAAUAGAUAUAUAUCAUUUAAUCAAGAUUAUGGGUGUUUGUGCAUGGCUAAUGAGAAAGGAUUUAAAAUUUAUAACACUAAUCCAUUUACACAAACAUACAGUAGAGAUUUAACUGAUAGAAACAAAAAUGGUUUAUAUUUAGCUGAAAUGUUAUAUAGAUGUAACAUUUUAGCUAUAACUGGAAAUAAAAAUGAUAAAAAAGGAAAAUGGGCUAAAAAUGUUUUAAUUAUAUGGGAUGAUAGACAAAUGAGAGAAAUAGCAAAAUUAACAUUUUCGUCUAAUAUUAUUGGUGUUAGAUUAUUAAGAGAAAUAAUUGUUGUAAUAUUAGAAUAUAAGUUAUGUAUAUACAGAUUAAAAGAUAUUAUAUUAUUAGAAACAUUAAAUACAUCAAAAAAUGUUUCAGGAUUAUGUUGUUUGUCAAAUAUUGAUAAAAAUAUAAUUAUUGCAUAUUUAUCUCCUAUUAAAGGUAGAGUAAAUAUUCAUAUAUUUGAAAUUAAUUCAAGUGAUAACAUUCAUGAAGAAUUACCAUAUAUUAAUUUUAAGACAAAUUUAAGCAUAUAUGCACAUGAUAAUUCUAUUGGUUGCAUAAAUUUAAGCAAUGAUGGAAAACUAUUAGUUACUUCAUCUAUAAAGGGAACAAUUAUAAGAUUAUUUAACACAUUUGAUGGAACAUUAUUAAAUGAAUUUAGAAGAGGAACAAAAAACGCUAAAAUUCUUUCGUUAAAUAUUAGUGAAGAUAAUAAUUGGCUUUGUUUAACUUCUAGUAGGAACACAGUUCACGUAUUUUCUAUUUAUAAAAAAAAAAGACCUUUAAGAAAAGUGGAUAUUAUAUGUAAAGGAAAAAACAUGUCAUCUCCAGCUGUACUUCAUUAUGAUAAAGAAGCUAAAAAUAAAAAGUCUUCAUUAAAAUGUUUAUUACCUUGUCAUCCAUAUUUAAAUAGUGAAUGGAGUUUCGCUCAUUAUAAACUACCAGGAAAAAAAAUUUCAUCAAUAUGUGCCUUUGUUAAUGAUCAAAAUUGUAUUAUUGUUAUAUGUUCUAAUGGUAUUAUUUACAAAUUAAGAUUUAAUGAACACAUUGGAGGAGAAAUGUUUAAAAUAUCUUCUCAUAGUUUUGAUUGA